CCCGUAAGCCUAAUACUCCGAUCAUGUCAUCUUCCAACCCGACCGAGGGCCAGAGCCCAGCUGUGGAGCACGUCGAGGUCGAUCCUGAGGAUGAUGUGCCGAAUGAGGUAGAAGAUGGAGGAUAUUCCACCGACAUAGAAAGUUAUACCACCUCGUUGAGCGCCAGCGUCUUCGACUACAAAUGGAUCAACGGACGACGUUUCCACGCGUACAGGGAGGGAAGCUACAAAUUCCCCAACGAUGAACGCGAGCAGGACCGUCUAGACAUGAUACACUAUGUGUUCAAGACCGCCAUGGAUGGCAAGCUUUUCCUCGCCCCGGUGAACGUGGAGCAGCCCUUGCAGGUGCUGGACCUUGGCACUGGCACUGGUAUCUGGGCCCUGGAAGUUGGAGACCAAUAUCCAGACAUUAAAUCGAUCCUAGGAAACGACCUCAGCCCUAUCCAGCCCACCAUGGUCCCCCCCAACGUCUCCUUCGAAGUAGACGACAUCGAAUCUGAGUGGCCCCCACGUCAGCCAUUCGACCUGAUCCACGGCCGCUACCUAUGCGGAUCAAUCCAAGAUUGGCCCAAACUGUUCAAACAAGCCUACGAACAAACCCGCAUCGGAGGCUGGAUCGAAUUCCAAGACUUCCAUUUAAUAACCUACAGCCAAGACGGAACCCUCACCCCGGACAACAAAAUCUACAAAUGGUUCGAAUACCUGCGCGAGGCCUGCGACAUCAUGGGCCGACCUGCAACCGUCGGCGCCAAAUUACCCGAAUAUGCUGCCGCCGCGGGCUUCAGUAACAUCCACCAUCGGAUUUACCCGUUGCCGUUGGGGUCCUGGCCUAAGGAGCAGCGGUUGAAAGAGGCAGGCGCACUUAAUAUUCUACAGUUUCUGGAGGGAAUUGAAGCGUGUAGCGUGGCGACGUUUACGCAUGUGUUGGGGUGGAGUCUUGAGGCGGUAGAGGUUUUUUUGGCGGAGGUGAGGGCGGAUGCGUUGAAGAAGGGGGCGCAUUUGAUGCAGGAUUUUCAUGUGGUGUAUGCGCAGAGGUUGGAAUGAUGGAUAGAUGGUUGAGGUUUUUGUUUGGAGUGGAGGAUUGGGAAAUGGAAUGGGAGGUGUUUUAUCUAUAGGAAAGGAGAGUUUUUUUAUCCAGGUAUAUACUUAGUUCAGUUCGUGAG